UAAGCGAAAGCAGUUGAUGUGACUGGUAGAGACGGUUUUAGUACGCUCACAAUAACACGGAGUUGCGGUUUCGAGUGAAAUCUAACAUUUUUCUAAGAGUUUAAAAAUAUUCAUGCACUGUCAGAUCGACAAAUAUGGAAUUUGUAUACGCCUGUUACCGACCGUAUACGACCGUAUUUUAGCGAUAUACAUAGUUUAGUAUUACGAUCGUGUAUCACCGUGACUCUAUACGGAGAAAUACGCAACAAAAUGGGGAUCGUAAAUGAUCGGUUUUUUCUCCGUAUAUCGUCGUAUAUCUUCGAAUAUGACACGAAGAUGUGCGAUCGUAAUACUGUACCGUAUAAAUCGCCAUAUUUCUCCGCAUAAGGUCGUUUACGUUAGUUCUUGUUUAACCUGGGCCAAAAUACCAAAAAAAAAUGAAGCAAAAACAUCAUGGCUAAUCGGCAGUUUUUGAGCGGUUUGAACAACACGGGUUUUCUGUUAAUGAUUUUAGAGUGGUGAUUGUUCAGAUUUAAUUGGACGUUUUUGUACGACGGCUAAACUUGAUUUAUCUAACCGAGAUGAUCCAUCGCUACAGUCUUUAUUUAAAUGGUAUGAAUUUAAACUUGGUGGAAAAAAAUCUGGAGAAUUAUUAGCUCUAUUUGAACUUAUUCAAGUUAAUCAAGAAACACAAAAAGCUGGAACAAUAUGUGAACUUGAAGAAAUUCCAAUAACAACAGAUAAUUAUCCACCAACAAGUUAUAUUACUAAAACUGUGAAAAAUAAAAUUUAUCAAAUUCCAUUAUUACUGGUGCCUGAUUUUAUAACUUAUCAAAUCGAAAUUUUGUUUUGGGGUUUACGUGAAUAUCGUCCAAUUAAUCUUCAUGAUAUUCAAGAAGUUGAAGUAACAAUUGAAUGUGCUGGGGCACAUAUAAAAAAAACAAUAAAAGAUGUACAAAUAGAUCCAAAUUUUGAAUCAUCACCUACUGAAACAGACAAAUAUACACUUUUUCUUAAUUUACCAAAUGAUGAUAAUUUUUGGCCACAUUUGAGUAUACUUUGUGUACAGUGUCGUCCUUUUGGAAUGAAAGAAGUCGUUGGCAAUCUAGUUGUAACUAAUCUACGAACAUAUCUUGAAAAACCUAUUAGUCUUUCAACAUCAACUGGUCAAGCUCCAACUAAUUCUGUGAAUAAAUCAUCAAAAAGAAUUUCGUAUGAUUCUAAUCGCGUUCAAAAAUCGGUUACUGAUGCAAAUGAAGCUGUUCCAGUGACAGGAAAGGAUAGUUUAGAAAAAACAAAAUUGGUUGAGUUUGAAAGCAAUGCAGAUCGUGAUAGUCAAGUAUCAAUUAUCCAUGCUGAUUCAUUGGCACAAAAGAAAGGAAGAGAUGAUGAAUCUAGUGGGAAACCAAAUAAGGGCAAAAAUCGUGUAAAAAAAUCUGAUUUGACAUUUGAAUUACCUAGUAAUGAAACGCACGAAGAUGGAUCUUUAACAACAUUAGAAAAACAAAAAAGAAAUGAUAUGGAAAAAACAGCUGGAUGGUGGCAUAAAUAUUAUGCAUCAAAAGCAAAACUAAAAUUAAUGCAACGGCGUCUUUUAGAUAUGAAUGCAGGUUUAAAAGACAGUUAUGAUGCUUAUGCCGAGUUUUUUGAAGAUGAGUCAGCACCUGUUGCUAAACAGCAUUUGAAUUUGUGGAAUAGAGCUAAACAAAUAUUUCUACGUGUUGGAAAAGCUCACAAAACAUUACGAGCCUUAGCCGCUGAAAAAAUAGAGCAGUUGGAAGAGUCUAAAAAAUCGAAAUCAGCUGUUGAUGAAAAUUUCGAUCUUAUCGAAGCUGAUCGUCUUAAAGAAUUAACAUUAUUACAAACAUUUGAUAUAUUUGACACCGAAUUAGAAAAUGUUUAUGAUUAUGAAGGUUUCAAUGAUUGCCUUGAUACAUUUCCUUUAUAUAAAGGUAAAGGUUCAAGUCGAUCAGAUGAAGUCGGUGAUGAAAAACGGAUCUAUGCGAAGUUUAAGGUUAGUAUUUUAUAA